CAAUGCCUGCACCUGCGGUUCCUAAAGUGAAGUUUUCGAAUGGGCGGUCGAUGCCGAUGUUGGGUCUGGGCACCUCUGAGUCACUCGCUGGAAAUGUUGAACGAGCGGUUAAAUACGCGAUCGACAACGGAUACCGCCACAUCGAUACUGCUUUCGCCUACGACAAUGAAAAAGAAAUUGGGAAUGCAAUCCGCGAGAAAAUCGAGGAUGGCACUGUGACGAGAGAGGAUUUGUUCAUAACUACUAAAAUCUGGGGUAACACUCACGCUGAAGAUAAAGUUGUGCCGACGUGCAGGAAGUCACUGGCUAAUUUGGGACUUGAUUACGUCGAUUUGUAUCUCAUUCACUGGCCGUUCGGCUUCAAGGAAGGCGAUGAUUUGUGGCCCAAAGACUCCAACGGCAAGUACUUAUUCUCAGACAUUGAUUACCUAGACACAUGGAAGGGAAUGGAAGAAUGCGUGCGUUUGGGUCUGGCACGCAGUAUCGGAGUCAGUAAUUUCAAUUCUCAACAAAUUACGAGACUCAUGGGAGCCGCCACGAUAAAGCCUGUGAAUAACCAGGUUGAAGUGAACGUCAAUUUCAAUCAACGCCCUUUGAUCGAGUUCUGCAAACAGCAAAACAUCACGGUAACUGCUUAUUCACCUCUGGGAAGACCAGGAAACCGUUAUGGCGUUGUUAAUUCCUUAGAUAAUCCCAAAAUUCAGACAAUCGCUGAGAAGUACAAGAAAACACCGGCCCAAAUCGCCCUGAGAUAUCUUCAUCAGCUUGGCGUUACACCCAUCCCCAAAUCCGUGACCGAGUCACGUAUCAAGGAGAACAUUGAUAUUUUCAAUUUUGAAUUGACACCUGAGGAAGUGGCAACCAUCGACUCUGUUGGAACCAAAAAACGCAUUUUUACUUUUGAGGCGGCUAAAGACCAUAAAUACUAUCCAUUCUCAAUCCCGUUCUAAGGAGUAUGAGAAGGAGAAAUAUUUCGGCGAGAUAGACAGUCAUUUCGAAUGAAAUUCAGAAUGAAAACAGCGCUUUUGUUGGUCUCUUGCUGCAUCGGAUUGGGGAUACUUGUGAGCAGUUCAAUCGAUUGUGAC